UUGCAGCUGAAGAUGAUGGAGAGAGUGAUGAAGAUGAGGAUGCUAAUGCUAAUGCUACUGAAACUGAUGGUGAUGAAGAUGAGCUAACUGAAGCUGCUUUUCACAGGAAAAAAGAUGAAGGUUACAGUUCUCUUGAUCAUGGUCAAAGAUAUUUAGAGCCGAAGAAACGGCUACAACAGUCCAGAGGCAAAGAUCCAUUGAAUGAAGAGAUGUCUACUAAGUAUAAUCAUCAAGAUUUAACUAAUCAAUUAGCUUGUACAGGAUUGACAACACCUGUUACCAAAGGUGAAAUAUCACACAGUCGGAUCAUACAUCAAGACACAAAGAUGUUAAAUCCUCCCGUAAAUGCAUCUGUGCCUUCCGAAAAGGCGAGUUUGAAGCAUAAUGUUCAUGAUUCAUCAAGAAAUGAGAAACCUGUACAGACCACAAAAGCUGAAUUUGAUAGUUCCAAGGCUUUUAUGGGUUCUAUCAUUGAGCAUACUGAGAAUUUAGAGAAAAAAAUACCGGAACAAAAUACGGCUACAUCACAGUCUUCUCAUUCAAAACCUUCAAAGCCGGUGUCUAGAUUCAAGAUGCAAAGGAAGUAGUUUUAUGGGGUUGAGAAGCUUGGAAAUGCUUGAAACGUAAUCUCUCACCUAUCUCGUCAGUGUGAUACAAUAUCCGAUCAAGCCAUAACUAAUUCCGGAUCGUAAUUGUGGGAUGAAAGUUCUGUUUAGAUUGUUUUUAGGGACAGUUGCUCUCGUUACUGCUCAAGUACCAGUUAAUGCAAUCUAUGUGGCUUCUUU